AAAAUAAUCCAUUGCAAAUCUUUUCUUUGGGGAUUUGUGAACAAAGCAGAGGAUUUGCAGAUCCUUCCUGGACUAUUAAUGGGGAAAACUUCUUUUUCCUAUUUCAGGGUCUUGUGACCUUUGAGGAUGUGGCUGUGUGUUUCUCCCAGGAAGAAUGGGCUCAGCUGGAUCCCCACCAAAAAGCCCUGCAUGGGGAAGUCAUGCUGGAGAACUCGAGGAAUGUGGCCUCUCUGGGUGCUGUUGGGCAGGAGAAUGUGAAUUACAAGGAACUAUUAGAAGCUCUCAGACGCAAAGAAGGAAGAGAGAUGUUUGCAGAUCAAACGGAACUAAAAAGUCACGAGAGAAACCAGUCAAAGGAUUGGAGCAAGAAACAUUGUGCUUUUCAAUGUAAUGAAAUUCAAGAUGGAGCAGUCCUGCAAGUUCCCAAGGGGAAAAGAAGGACAAAGUCUUUAGGGAAAAGUGUGAAAAUAUUCAGAGAAAAUUUAGAUUUAAAUGAACAUUAUCGAACUGACUCUAAAGAAGAAGAGGAUCAGGGCAGGGAAGAUGAAAAAAGUUACAACUGGACUUUCAUUCUUUCAUUACGUGAUAGAAUCAAUAUGGGGGAGAAACCAUAUAAAUGCAGAGAGUGUGGGAAGAACUUCAGGAGCAGCAGCCAGGUUACUUCCCAUAGAAGGAUCCACACAGGGGAGAAACCCUAUAAAUGCAUGGAGUGUGGGAAGAGCUUCAGCUGGAGCAGUGAACUCACGUCCCAUAGACGGAUCCACACAGGGGAAAAACUUUAUAAGUGCACGGAGUGUGGGAGGAGCUUCAGGAGGAACAGUCAGCUUGCUUACCAUAAAAGACUCCACUCAGGAGAGAAGCCAUACAAAUGCAUGGAGUGUGGGAAGAACUUCUUGUGGAGCUAUCAGCUUACUUCCCAUAAAAUGAUCCACACAGGGGAGAAGCCGUAUAAGUGCAUGGAGUGUGGGAAGAGCUUCAGGAGGAGCAGUGAACUGACUUGCCAUAGAAGGAUCCACACAGGGGAAAAACCUUAUAAGUGCAUGGAGUGUGGGAAGGGUUUCAGGGGGAGCAGUGAACUGACUUCCCAUAGAAGGGUCCACACAGGAGAAAAACCUUAUAAAUGCAUGGAGUGUGGGAGGAAUUUCAGAAGGAACAGUCAGCUUGCUUACCAUAAAAGACUCCACUCAGGAGAGAAACCAUAUAAAUGCAUGGAGUGUGGGAAAAACUUCUUCUGGAGCUAUCAGCUUACUUCCCAUAAAAUGAUCCACACAGGAGAGAAACCGUAUAAAUGCAUGGAGUGUGGGAAGAGCUUCAGGGGUAGCCGUGAGCUUUCUUCCCAUAAAAGGAUCCACACAGGAGAAGAACUACACAAAUGCUUGGAAUGUGGAAAGACCUUUAGGAGCAGCAGUGAGCUUAUGUCCCAUAGAAACACCCACCCAGGGGAGAGGCCAUACGAAUGUAUGGAGUGUGGAAAGAGCUUCUCUUGGAGUUCUCAGCUUGCUUCCCAUAAAAGGAUCCAUUCAGGUGAGAAUCCAUGUAAAUGUGUAGAGUGUGGGAAGAGCUUCAGGGGAAGCAGCGAACUAAGUUCCCAUAAAAAGAUCCAUUUAGGCGAGAGACCGUAUAAAUGUAUGAAAUGUGGAAAGACCUUCAGAAGGAACAGUCAGCUUACGUACCAUAAAAGAAUCCACACAGGGGAGAAACCAUAUAAAUGCAUGGAGUGUGGAAAGGGCUUCUUGUGGAGCUAUCAACUUACUUCCCAUAGAAGGAUCCACACCGGGGAGAAACCGUAUAAAUGUGUAGAGUGUGGAAAAAGCUUCAGGGGGAGCAGUGAACUGACUGCCCAUAAAAGGAUUCACAAAGGGGAGAAACCAUAUAAGUGCGUGGAAUGUGGAAAGAGUUUCGUGGGGAGCUAUCAACUUACUUCCCAUAAAAGGAUCCACUCGGGGGAAAAACCAUAUAAGUGUGUGGAGUGUGGAAAAAGCUUCCGUCAAAGCAGCCACCUCAUUUCCCAUAAAAACAUUCAUACAGGAGAGAAACCAUAUAAAUGCAUUGAAUGUGGGAAGACCUUCAAGAGGAGCAGUGAACUCACUUCCCAUAAAAGGAUCCACACAGGCGAGAAGCCAUACGAAUGCAUGGACUGUGGCAAGGGCUUUAGCGAGAGCAGUGCCCUCACUUCCCAUAAAAGGGUCCACACGGGAGAAAAACCAUAUAAGUGCAGGGAGUGUGGGGAGAGCUUCAGGUGGAGCGGACAGCUUGCUUCCCACGCAAGGAUCCACUCUGGGGAGACUCCCUAGACUAGCCUUACUGGGUUCUUUUCAUACAUACCUUGUCUUCCUGUUAUGAAGUAAAACAAACUUUUGAAGCCAUGACUCCUGGCUGCCUUAAGCUGACUUUUGCCCAAACCUGAAACCAACAGCCACAGAGGAAAUUAAUGUACUGGGGGAAGGUUUAUAACCAUAGGGGUAGGCAGUUUUACAUAAGAUGGACGGGCUUUGAAUGGGCUUUAGUCAUUUCAAUGUGCCAACACUAUUGCACCUUAAAAAAUGACAAAAUCCUUUAGUUUAUGCUUUGUGUUUCUGAUGUUCACAUCACAAUCUCGGACAUUUCUACACCAACACACAGAAUAUGGGAAAGAAACAGGGUGAUCUUGAUAUCCUAAAGCAGGAGGGCAAAUAGGUUUGUCGCUGGCAUCGCUAAAACCUGGAAUGACACGUGGUUGGUGCAUAGUGUUGGAAGACAGCAACUUACUCAAAGGGAAUAGUGUCACCCGAAAGGGGGAACAUUUUACUGCACAUGGAAAAAUACGUGGCUGCAGACAGAUUAAUUAAUCGAAGCCUGAGUUCUGUUAAGAGCAUUUGGGUAAGAGUAAAAUCAGAGAAACAGAAGUGAUCCAAAUAGCAUAUAGACCACCUGGAUGGCAGAACUGGUGGGCGAGGCCUCUCAAUGUCAGGUGACCAAACUUUAUGAGGCACGUAACAGGAACGGGAGAUUUCAGCUACUCUGACGUCUACUGGAACUCUAAUUCUGUCGAGAGUCAGACGUCCAGCAAAUUCCUCCUUUCUUGCUGAGAACUUUAGCAGGAGGUUGGAGAAGGAACAAGGGGGUCUGCUCUCCUUGACCUGACGUUUACCGAUAGGGAGAAAUAGUGACAGGCGAAGGCAGCCGGAUCCUGGGGGAAAGUGGCCGUAUCAUCCUUGAGUUCAUGAUACCAAGGGGAGGAGGAAUGGAGGAGAACCAGACUUUUAUGCUGGGUUUCAGAAGAGAUCGGAUGCAGCGGCACGAACGAGGAAAGUGCCUGGGGAGGGGUAGGAAAUUCUGUAUAAUUCUGUGUAAGUGUAACAAUGUACCGAAGGCAGAACAGCAAAAUUCCAACCAGAAGGAAAUACGGUAGACGUUGAAAGAUACUGGGCUUUCUACAAACACUGGAAAGAAGAAGGAGGGAGAGAGAUCCCCCUUUUGAACAGAAGAAUUGGGGUUGUUUCUGUAUGUAGAAAAGGGCACAUGCUAUAGAACAAGAGUCUGGAACAAGUCUCGCCUCUCUGUAAGGAACACACAGGUAAUGCCCCAGGGAUGGAAGAAUGGUUUCUCAUACAUAAACCAUUUUAGGGUAUUCCCAUUUGUUGGUAGCACUGCCAAGGAGAGCGGAAGGUGAAGAAAAGCAGGCGCUGAAGCUGAACAGGAAGGGAAUUCCUGUGGUUGGUUUCUCACCUGGUCAGCAAAGGUCUCCUCACCUAGGCAGGUGAUGGCCCUCUUAUUCUUUCAAUGUGAUAGUGUUAACAUUACAAACAUUUCUUUCCCCUCCUGAUACUGUGCACCAGUACCCAGGUUUUUACCAAAGUUAAAACACGUUUGCUGAGCUGGGCAGAGCUAUGGCUUUUUCUCUCUCUUCUUAACUUUGCCUACCUGUUCCAAAAGCCUCACUGUGUGCUAUGGGAGGAAGGAGGAAGAGAAUACCAGGAACAGGGAUAACAAAUCAUAGGAAAAAGGAGCGGCAGAAACUUCCUGCUCUGCCAAAUACCUCUGUCAGGUAGCAAGUGAGGCUCUCUGGGGCCAGCCCCCGUGGCCUGAAGGUGCCCAGGAGAUCCAGUCCUGAAGGAGGACCUAGAAGAAGCAAAGAAGGGCUGGAGCCAGCCAGGGCCCAGGAAGAAGAGGCCUCCAGAAAGCAGCCUAGACUUUCAAGGCAAUGGAAGAUGUUGAAAGCCCACUGGCCAAGAGAGAAGAAUCUGCACGUGCUUUGCCUCCUAGACUCUGUCUUUCCCGCGGUGGAUCCCAUCUUCAGUAUCUUUCAGUUAACUCUCAUCUUGAUAAGAUGAGUGAACUCUCUUCUACCUGUGCCUGGCAUGUAUGACUUCACAGGCCUGUGUCUUUCAUGGCUGCUUUUGUAGGGCAAGAAGAAUUAGGCAGGACAUUCAGAGUUGUAAGUGUAAUUUGUUUCUUAUCCCUUGUAAGUGAACAAUCCCCAGGUAAACAAAGUACUACGAGGAGUUACGUUGUGGUGCUGUGGGUGACGCUUGUUAUGUGUAAGCAAGAGCCAGGGAAGAGGAAGGGGAAGCUUGGCCCUCAGGCGGAUUACACCCCAGAGAGGUCCUUAAGCUCCAGGUGCUGGGCUGCUGGCACAGACUGAACACGCUCACCUGGGUUGGGGGGCAGCAAUGAUGUCCUUCCUGCUGGAACGUCUGCUGUAGCUCUGCCCGGGUAUCAGUGAUGGCUUGCCUGCCCUGGCCCUGCAGCGUGAGGAUGCCACGGCAGUAGUCCCUUGCCUGUGUCGCG